AUGCGGUCGGCGGUCUUUGACACACAGUUUUACGGGCGUAUGGCUAUCGGGGACAACGAGUCACAGGACAUAACUAUCGACGACUUGCAACCUGCUGUAUUCAAGGCAUUUCUUCACUUCGUCUACACGGAUUCAUUGCCUUCCAUGGUUGAUCUUGAUGAUGAUGAAAAAAGAGAAAUGGUUAAGCACUUAUUUGUGGCUGCUGAUAAGUAUGCGACGAAAAGGAUGAAGGUGAUAUGUGAAGGCAUUCUAUGGAAGAGUCUUGAUGCCGAGACCGCGGCGACGAUAUUAGCUCUAACUUAG